AUGCUGAGGAGCAGGCGACGGCCCACAGAGAAGGGGCGAAAGCCUUGCUACAGGAGCUCAAGACAUUCGCCUAUGAAGGCAAAUGAAGUCUUCGAUGAAUUCAAGUACGAAGCACUUCGCUGUGAAGCCAAGAAGAAUGGGCAUUAUACCAAGCUUGGCUUUGAUGUAAUCAAACUUUUCCCUACCCACAACUGUGUUGUGUUCCAUCAAAGAAUGGGUAGCGGGCUUUGCCAACCUGUGCAGGCCAUUGAUGUCCUCAUUGCGGAGAUGCGGGUCUUUGGGUUCAAGUACCAACCACAGCCACCAGUCUCCAAGCAGUGGAGGCAGACAGAUUAUGUUAUCAUGGACCCACAAGAAAUUGCUAGCAGAUCCAGAGACAAAGAUAAGAAGAAGAUUGUUGAUGUAUUACUUGGUCAAGCUACCAAUGCAGAUCUUGCAGUUGUUCCCAUCGUUGGAAUGGGGGGUCUUGGCAAGACCACAUUGGCACAACUCAUCUACAAUGAACCUAGAAUUCAGAGGCAUUUCGAGUUGCUGGUCUGGGUCUGUGUAUCUGAUACCUUUGAUGUGAACUCCCUAGCUAAGAGUAUAGUUGAAGCAUCUCCCAAUAAGAAUCAUGAUACAGAUAAACCAGCACUAGAUAGACUUCAACGGUUGGUCAACGGGCAGAGGUAUCUGCUUGUAUUGGAUGAUAUCUGGAAUAACAAAGAGUUUCAUAGGUGGGAAAUGCUGAAGGUCUGUCUUCGGCAUGGUGGCAUGGGUAGUGCAGUGUUGACAACAACUCGUGAUAAACGAGUUGCUGAAAUUAUGGGUGCAACAGACUACAAUCUCAAUGUUUUGGAGGAUUGCUUCAUAAAGAAAAUUAUUGAAGCUAGAGCAUUCAGUUCGGACAAAGGAAAGCCUGCUGAACUCGUCGAGAUGGUUGAUGAGAUUGUGAAGAGAUGUUUUGGCUGUCCAUUAGCUGCAACAGCACUUGGCUCUGUACUUGGUACCAAGACCAACGUGAAUGAAUGGAGAGUUGUAUCAACUAGAAGCAGCAUUUGUGCCGAGGAAACAUGA